GCUGCUGCGUUUCACGCGUAACUUAAUUUUGACACGUAAACUUGGUUACCAUCAUCCGAUUUCAAAUGUUGACAUGGAAUCCCAGUAUCUCACCCCUGCAGCGCGAGGCACCUUGGCUGACUCGGCUCUCUUGGUUUGCCUAUGCUCUGGCUGUGUAUUGCACUCUAUGCAAAAUCAAAGUAACCUAACUUGUACAUAUUUUUAUUAAUUCGCACACAUAGUUUAUUUUUUAUGAUAAAAAAGCAUGGGUUCAAACUUGUCUCAAAAUGUAAAUAUUAUUAAACUGAAAUAACCAUGUGUUUGUGUAGUAAUUCAAUCAUGCACAAGUGAAUGAAUAAGGCGAACAAUUUGGUACUCGACAGUUACGAGUAUGACGACGGAAAAGUAAUGUGAAAAAAAAUUGUUCAUAUAUUUUACGCUUUAAAUUAAUAUCAACACAAUGGCGGAUAAAGGACUAAUGAAACAACUAACUGAGCAAAAGCUCAAAGCAUUUUCGAUUGGUACCAUGGGUAAACGACAAAUAAGUAAAAAAGAACUUGAAGAACAACGAAAGAAAGAACAAGAACAAGCUGCUGCUCAAGCUUUUGAAGAAUUUGUUGCAACAUUCCAAGAGACUCCAAACAAAAAUGCAAACAAAGUGUGGGUAAAGGCCGGGGUUUAUAAUGCAGGAAAACGAGAAGAAGAUGUAAGGGAAAAGGGAAAGUUAUAUAAACCUCAACCUAAGAUGGGAGAUCUUGCUGAGACUCGUUCAACGUCAGAACAAGCUCAAGAAUUUGCAAGAAUUCUUAGUGAACGAAAGAUAGAUAGACUUGGCAAGAAGAAAAAAGAAGGUGAAAAGAAAAAAAGUAAUCUUGAAUUAUUUAAAGAAGAAUUGAAAAUGAUCCAAGAGGAAAGGGAAGAACGUCAUAAAUACAAAGGAGGCAGUAAAACUUCAUCACUAUCCCAAGAUGAUUCCAUAAUCCCUAGUUUGAAACUAACUGAAGGCCCUUUUAUAACAGAUGGAUCAUUUGAUAAUGGAGAUCCAAACACUACAAAUUUGUAUUUAGGAAAUUUGAAUCCAAAGAUAACAGAACAGCAGCUUAUGGAAAUUUUUGGCAAAUUUGGUCCAUUGGCCAGUAUCAAGAUUAUGUGGCCUCGAAGUGAUGAAGAGAAAGCUAGACAACGAAAUUGUGGUUUUGUAGCGUUUAUGAGUAGAAAAGAUGGAGAAAGAGCUUUAAAAAAUCUCAAUGGUCGUGAUAUAAUGCAAUAUGAAAUGAAACUAGGCUGGGGCAAAAGUGUUCCUAUACCACCAUAUCCAAUAUAUAUUCCUCCGGCACUGAUGGAAAUCACUCAACCACCACCACCAUCUGGACUACCAUUCAAUGCGCAACCUCACAAACGUGAUAAAAAUAAGAUACCACGCAUUCGCAAUUUUCAGAACAUGGAUUCAGAAGAAAAAGAAAACUUUGAAAAGAUUUUACAAAAUGCUGUCGUCAAAGUUGUGAUUCCAACAGAAAGAAAUUUAGUUAUGUUAAUUCAUAGAAUGGUGGAAUUUGUUGUCAGAGAAGGACCAAUGUUUGAAGCUAUGAUUAUGAAUCGAGAAAUUAACAAUCCAAUGUUUAGGUUUUUAUUUGAAAAUUAUUCUCCAGCGCAUAUUUAUUAUCGUUGGAAAUUAUACUCUAUUUUACAAGGAGAUGCCCAAAAAGAAUGGAGAAUAGAUGAUUUUAGAAUGUUUAAGGGAGGUAGUGUAUGGCGUCCACCACCUAUGAAUCCAUGGACUCAAGGAAUGCCAGAUGAACUUAUUGAAGUCGAAGAAAAGCAUGAACCUCGAAGAGGAAGUCUUUCAAACUGUCAAAGAGAUCGUUUAGAAGAUUUACUGCGUAAUAUAACUCCUGAAAGAAUUAAAGUGGCAGAAGCAAUGGUUUUUUGUAUUGAACAUGCAGAAGCAGCUGAAGAGAUUUGUGAUUGUAUUGCAGAAUCUCUAUCAAUCCUGCAAACUCCAGUAAACAAAAAAGUAGCUAGAUUAUACUUAAUAUCUGAUAUUUUACACAACUGUGGAGUUAAAGUAACAAAUGCUACAAUUUACAGAAAAGCAUUUGAGACAAGAUUAUUGGAUAUUUUUAAUGAAGUUCAUCAAGCUUAUAAACAGUUAGAUAGUAGAUUGAAAGCAGAGGGUUUUAAAGUACGCGUAAUGAAAACAUUUAGAGCAUGGGAAGAGUGGGCCGUUUAUCCAAGAGAUUUUUUGGUGAAACUUCAAAAUACUUUCCUAGGUUUAAACCAGUGCGAUGACGUUGAACCAGAUAACGAAGAAGAUAUUGAUGGAGCUCCGUUGUCAGAUGUCGAUAAUGAUGCAACCGAAGAUCUGGAUGGUGUCCCUCUGGAUGGUGCUGCAUUAUUAAAAGGCGCUAUGAAACAUGGGCUUACUCCUCAAACUUCAAAUUAUGAUGACAUUGAUGGCGUACCAAUGGAUGAUGAUAUUGAUGGUGUACCUAUGGACGACGAUGAUAGUUUAAGCUCGAAAGGCAAAGAUGAUAAGAAAAUUAAUAUGCCAGCUGGGUUUGUACCCUCGAGGUGGGAAACUGUAGAUCCUGAUCAGGUUGAAGCUCAAGCAAUGACAACCAGUAAGUGGGAAGAACUCGAACAAAAUGAUGACUCGAACUCACAAGAUACUAGUAUGGACUCUAGGGAUUAUAACGAAGAAAGACGAAAUAGAUUACGCGAGAUUGAAGUUAAAGCUAUGCAAUAUCAAGACGAAUUGGAAAGUGGUAGGAGAUCUUUAAAGCCAGGAAUGACUAUACAAUCUCAAGUAGAACAUUAUCGAAAAAAAUUAAUAAAAAAGAGUGAAAGAGAUGCAAAAGAAAAUAAAAGCGAAGAUAGGGAUGACGAUAGGCGACGAGAUAAAAAACGAAGCCCUUCUCCAGAUUCGCCAACCUAUUAUAGAGAUAGGAGGCGGGGGUCCCAAAGUCCACCGUCAAAAGGAAGUAGUCGUUACAGGUCUCGCAGUAGAUCUCCCCGAACUAAAAGACGAUCACGUUCACCCCAUAAAAAACGAGCUCCGCAUACACCUUCUCCACCAAGAAUUCGACGUUCACCGUCGCCUAGUUUUUCCUCGAGAUCCUCAUCAAGAAGGUCACCUGGCAACGAUCGGAAAAGGCGCCAACGCUCGCCUUCCUCGUCUCCUACGUCUGUUUCAAGGUCAUCAAUGAAACACAGAGCUGGUAGUCCCGCUUCACCAACGCCUCGAAAACAUCGCCAUAAACACAAGUAUUAAAAUCUGUCACUUAUCGCUAAAUCUAUACUUAUGCGGUAGAUAUGUAUUGAAAUUGGUAUUGAAAUACAUUUAUAAUAAUUAUCGCAUUCGAUGCUAUUAUUAAAAAAAACAUUAAUUAUUUGUUUUACGACGAUGCUCUUGAAAACUUAUUUACAAUAUGGAAAAUAUGAUGUUUGACAUGAUAAUUAUUGCAAAUCGUUUAAUUUCAGAUAAUUAAUUAGACAUCAUAAAAAUUUUUUCUCAUAUCCAUAUCUUGUAAGUUCCAAGUGAAAUACUUUUAUUAUAACUCUUUUUACAAUUUAACAAUAGUUGUUACGAUAAUCUCUUGUAUAUAGCAUUAUAGAGUUCAUCGAUUCAACUUCGUUGAAUAAUUUCCGUAAUCAUUUUGAAAUUUGGAUCAAAGAAUAGUACCUCAGAUUUGAUAAUGAAUUAAUGUAUCAUUUAAUUGUACUUGUA